UCUUGCUUUUAUAACUCGAGACUCACCCAUUGCCAGAUUGGGAUAUAUGCCUCAGGCAUCAAUGGCUUACGGCGACAGGCGAUCUGAUUGGCCAGUCACGCGUAAGCCACCUGAUGAGUCAGCACACUGCCUCUUGGGCUUAACAGCCGCUUAACUCCGAGUCUCUGGCAAAGAAGACGAGGACAACAUUGAGUGGACAAAAAACCGUUGGACAUGGCCUGAGAAGACGGAGAAGCAGAGAGGAAUAUGUCAGAAGCCAGUCGAUUGCCCCCAGAGACUGGCUUACGGCCGAAGCGGGUCAUCACCGCCGCGCGGAAAGAGCAGAACAGGAUCUCGCAGCGAGCGUACCGUGAGUUGGGAGCAAAGAACGUGGACCAGACGGCUAACAAUCUCCUUUAGGCCAGCGAAAAAAGGACCAAUUGGUCAGUCAGCGGAUGCUCAAGGGUGGGCAACCGGUUGCUCAAUACCUGGAGAUUCAGCCAUCGCCAGUUCGGGGCUGGACGCCGAGAGAUGAAGGGAAACUAUCCAACGCGGCACCUCUUAGAGAGGGUAUCUCGAACGAGGUGGAGACUCAACAGACUGAAUUGAUAAAUGAUUUGACGACUGGAAGCUCAGAUUCAUCUGGCAACGACUUGGUAAACGUUGGUUGGAACGACGCAGGCGACUCCCACUCUCUCGACAUGCUUUUCUGUUCGUUUCCAACGACAUCUAGUUCCAGCUCGGAUGACAUGUUGAGACUGUUACCACCAGAGACAACCGUUGAUCCACUGGCGGUUUUCACUCUGAGCCCCACGGUAUCCGGACCGACAGAGUGCUAUUCCACAAUCCCUGAGACAGACAAUAGCCAGAAGACUAAGACUACCACAGUACUGGCAGACCCGUACCUGAAUACUCUGCAAUCCUCGCAGACAUCCUUCAAUCUAGCGUGCCUUCACAACGCCCGCAGCCUGGGAAUCUCCAUCGAGGAGUUCUACACGUUCAAGUGUCUCACGCUCUGCUCGCCGUUCUACCGACGGGCGUCCCCAUCCGACGACCCAAAAACCCUACUCGCCUCUGUCUCGGACCCAGGGGCGCCCGUCCACCUCCAGCCGACACUCGCACAGGUCCUCUUCCCUCAUCACCCGAUGUUCGACCUGAUCCCCCUGCCCGUCCUGCGGGAGCGCGCCAUCACGCUGGCCGCCACGUCGCCGGGCCUGUUCGAUCCUCUCGAUCUGAAAAAGGAUAUUCUCCGCGGCGGCCUGGUCUGCUGGGGAGGCUCCGGAGGACUCGGUCAGCCCUGGGACAUGCGCAGCUGGGAGGCCGCGCCCUGGUUUCUGCAUAAAUGGCGGCUGCUCGUUAACGGGCCGGAAGGCGAUCUCUGGCAGCAGAGUUUGUGGUGGCAGAGCAUGAGACAGCAGAAUCCUGCUAUUAUGAAUUAGAUACACAUAUACAUAUACAUAUAAAUAUACAUAUCCAUAUACACCCCAUUUAUUUAUGAGACCAUGUAGUAUUGUUAUGUUGUAUUCUCACAAUUCCCAAUCACCAAUCGGACGUUGUAUAAUGUCCCUGAGAUCGGCACUCAUCCCUGUAGAGUAAAUCAAUCAAUUACCCGAUAGACCAUCUAACAUACUGUAAUAGUAUUUUUUUUUUCCUUCUUAAAGUCAUCAACUCAUGCUAUACCGACUACAUUGUACUCCGAAC